AAGGGAAUUGGUUAUUUGACGUGGUACAGUGUUAUACUGUGGUGUUUAUGAAUGUGCUGAGUGAAAGUUGUCUCGUGUGUUAUUUCCUGUCAGUCCUCUAGUGUGAUGUGUAUCUCAGGAUAUCUCUAUCUCUGUCUCCGCGGCAUCUCAAAGCUGCAGUGUACAAAAUAACAACGUCUCGAAGUAGAUCAUCUCUAUGUGUUGUUUCUCCCCAGCCUKGUGUCCAUCAUCAGAGGCCAAGUSCUGACGGCAGACGGAACCCCCCUCAUAGGAGUCAAUGUUACCUUCGUCCACUACCCCGACCACGGAUACACCGUCACGCGCAAGGACGGCAUGUUUGACCUGUUGACAACGGUGGGGCCAGUCUGACCCUGAGUUUCGAGCGGGCUCCGUUCCCUGAUACAGUACCGCACCGUGGUGAUCCCCUGGAACGUCUUCUAUGUCAUGGACACCCUGGUCAUGAAGAAGGAGGAGAAUGACAUCCCCAGCUGUGACCUGAGUGGUUUCAUCAGGCCCAGUCCUGUCAUCGUGGCCUCUCCCCUUCUACCUGCUUCAGGUCCUCACCAGAGGAUGGGCCCAUCAUACCUGAGACACAGGUCCUCCAGGAGGAGACGUCCAUCCCGGGCAGCGACCUCAACCUGCUGUACUUGGGCAGCAGRGCGGCCGGCUACAAGCCUGUCCUCAAGGUCACCAUGACCCAGGCCAGUGUGCCCUUCAACCUCAUGAAGGUGCACCUGAUGGUGGCGGUGGUGGGGCGUCUGUUCCAGAAGUGGUUCCCUGCCCAGCCCAACCUCUCCUACACCUUCAUCUGGGACAAGACAGACGCUUACAACCAGAAGGUCUACGGCUUGUCUGAGGCAGUCGUGUCAGUGGGUUUUGAGUACGAGUCGUGUCUGGACUUGAUCCUGUGGGAGAAGAGGACAGCCACACUGCAGGGCUAUGAGCUGGACGCGUCCAACAUGGGAGGCUGGACGCUGGACAAACACCAUAUACUGGAUAUUAAAAUAUUGUUAGACAAGAAUUUCACUGGCUUCAAUGCGCUAUUGGAGUCUUCACAUAG